AUGUUCCCCUCCACCUCCGCCACCGCGCCCCGCUUCCUCCGCCCCUUCAGCGCCACCGCAGCCGCGCCCCGCCGCGCCAUGGCGGCGUCCGCGGGCUCCCCAUCCGACCCACCGCCGCAGCAGCAGCCGUCGUCGCCGGCCCCUAAGGCGGUGCGCGUGGUUGUGAAGGGCCGCGUGCAGGGGGUCUUCUUCCGGGACUGGACCGUGGAGACGGCGCGCUCGCUGGGGCUCGCCGGGUGGGUCCGCAACCGCCGCGAUGGCACCGUGGAGGCGCUCCUCUCCGGGGACCCGGACAAGGUCGACGAGAUGGUGUCCCGGCGAAUCCCCGUCGGCCCGCCCGCCGCCGCUGUCACCGCCGUCGUUCCCUCCCCCGUCGAUCCCGUAGACCCUGCCGAAGGGUUCCACCGCAAGCCCACCACCUGAUUGGUGGCUGGCUCGUUCGCGAUUUCGUGCGGCGUGGUUCUGGCGAACGCUGCCAGUCGUCGCUGAUGGUAAUUUUUGCUCCGAAGAACACUUCUUCAGAAUUUUCAGUGCUAUAAUAUGUGAUCUUGGAUCAAAUUGCUGGAAUUGCGAUGUGCUACGUCGAUGAAUGUAGGAACAGUAGUUAUAAGAGUUGAGAGCAGGAGGACUCUGGUUACUUGAUGCACACUCUGUACCCGUGUUCAUGGCUUGUGAUUACAGUCCUGCCUUUUGGUGUCGACGGACAACUACAUUUUCUGUAACUGUGUGCUUGUCAGUCGGGAGAAAUUUAGAUUUUUGACACUCCCAACACAUGCCUUCGCACAUUUGACACAUGGCUUCGCACAUUUGACACUGCAAAAAUGGGUUUCGCACAUUUGAUACUCA